AUGGCGCCGAAAAGGAACAAGCAGAAGGCAAAAGCGGAAUCUGGUCCGAGGCUUCAGAUUUCGGCCGAAAAUGAGAACCGCCUUCGCCGCCUCUUGCUCAACUCGGGCCGGCCCACCCCUGCGCUUGGCACUGCCACGGGGACUGUAAUGGACGAUACCCUUACCAAGGCCAAGAAGGCAAAGAAGCUCAAAGCCGUUUACGAUAAGCUCUCUUGCGAAGGUUUCACCAAUCAGCAAAUCGAGCUCGCUCUCUCUACUCUCAGGGAAGCUGCUACAUUCGAAUCAAGUCUUGAUUGGUUAUGCUUGAAUUUGCCGGGGAAUGAACUUCCGCUCAAGUUUUCUACUGGAACAUCCCAUUAUAACGAAGGGGGUUCUGUUGGUGUUAUAUCAAAUCAGUCGAACAAUUCAACUCCGGCCGUGGAUCCAUCAACUAAGGAAGAAGCUCCAGAAUCACCAGUUUUAAUCAAGAGACAGUGGAAGGAUGAUACUUUAGAUUCUUGUCUACCAUCUCAAGCAGAUUGGAUCAGACAAUACGUGGAGCUACAGGAAGAGGAUGAAUCUGAGACUUGGGAAGAUGACGUUUUUAUUGAAAGUAGUGCCAAAAAAAAGCCCUAUGAACCUAGAUCUUAUGAUGUUAUUGCGAAGGAGUAUCUUGCUGCUAGAUUGGAAGCUACAAAAGCGAAGGGAAAAGGUGACAAGAAGCACCAGGAGCAGGCAGGGCGUAUCAUCCGUAAACUGAAGCAGGAGUUGUCUGCUCUAGGACUAUCAGAUGACAAUUUGGCCUUAGAACAUGAGCAUGAAAUCAGUUCUAUCUUCAAAUCUGAGGGAGGAUCCACUGAUCAUGAGUCUGUUGAUUGCUCUAAAGAAAGAACUCCAUGUGACACCGAAGGAUUGGCUUUUGAUGAAAAAGCAGUUGAUGGAAGUGAUCUGGAGAGCCAUAGCACGGUGGAAUAUCUUGUUAAGUCUGGUUCACCAGUUGUAGGUGUGGAAAAGGAUUCAGCUCAAGGGGAGGUUGGAGACAUUGAACUGGGUGGUUUCUUCUUGGAGGAUGACUCAUCUAGUGAAAUAUUAGCUCCUGAUAUUUUGAAAGUACAGAAACAAGAAAAAAUUAAAAGAUUAGCUGAGAAAAAUUUGGAUAAGUUAGAAGGCAUUUGGAAAAAGGGAGACCCUCAAAAGAUUCCAAAGGCUGUUCUUCAUCAACUAUGCCAGAAAUCAGGGUGGGAGGCUCCAAAGUUUGAUAAAAUUUGUGGUAGAGGAAAGAGUUUCUCCUAUACUGUAAGUAUAUUGCGUAAAGGCAGUGGGAGGGGCAAAAAUCGAAAAGCUGGGGGGUUGGUCACAUUUCAGUUGCCAGAUCAGAAUGAAACUGUUGAAUCUGCUGAGGUGAGUCAUCCUUAA